AUGUCAAAACGUUUAUUAACAAACGAGAGUUCGAUGGAUGGUGUGAUUGAAGAGCACACUCCUUACGUGCUUAUCGAGGGUGUUCUCGAGAAAUCAAAACAACGCAAAGAAACUUUCUUAAAGUUCACUAGACGACGUUCAAAGGCAAAAUGGAGUAAGCGAUAUUUUGUAUUACGUUGUGGAGAGAUUCCGGACGCGUUCUAUCUGGAUCAGUAUACCAGUCAACAUCGUAAUUCCAAAAUUCGUAAAACACUACGGAUGGACCGAGUAUCGCAGGUCGAUACGAAUAUUUCGUCAAAAGAUAAUACGAAGAGUUGGAUAUUUGCUAUACAUUUCUGUGGCAAUGCUGAUAUUCAUAAUGUGAAUGGUAAUAAUGAGAGUGGUAAUAUCGAGGAUGGUCAUCAUUCCAAUAAGAACAAAUCCGUUCUUUAUUUGGCUGCUUCAUCUGAAGAUGAGAUGAAUCGCUGGGUUGCGCAGUUAUGUUAUGCAUGCAAUUUGGAGAAGCAGGACGACAAUGAACCAUAUUCAAUGGAUACGUUGAAUAUUAAUGAACAGUUUGCGGGGCAAGUCGAAUUACUAAUAUUUGCGAUUAAUAACAAUCAGUUGAAUGCUGGCGUGGGACGGGGCUGGUCAUCGUUUAAUGGAAUAUAA